AUGGGUUUCAGAGAAAAGGACCACGAGCUGAAAACUUUCCACUCGAUUGAACCAAUCGCUGCUCGUAUGUCCUUUCAUGGUAAAGUACAUCAAGUCAUGAACACGGAAAUACACAGCAAAGACCUUGUUACUCAAAGACCCAGCUACUCUCUGACAGUCACCAUCAGACCAUCAGACCACCAGAUGGACAGGCUGUUUGUCUCUCUGAUUGCAUUCUUAUGUGCUGUUUCCUCCAGUCAGGAUGGGAUCUCUGCAGCAGAGGUGGAGCUGAGAGUCAGACCAGGAGACAACAUCACUCUCUACUGUGACUGUAUCAUAACUACUGGAGUAUACAUUAUGUGGUAUAGGAACUGUUCUCACAACUACCAGCCUCCUCUAGUUAUUUCAACUACGUUUUUAAGUUACAUCUCUCUCCCUGGAUAUAAUGUGGUGUGGAACCCCUCUAACAACUCCUAUGAUCUACUGAUUGAGAACAUCACUGAAUCUGACCUGGGAGUCUACUACUGUGGGACUAUGGAGAACAAGCUAGUGGAUGAUGGAGGUAAAGUAGGAAUUAAACAGAAAGAGUUGUACCACAAUGGAAACAUCACCACUAGGAUUUCACUUGACACCAGUCCUCCUAAGCCCUCCUCCUCCUCCCCUCCUCCUGUAGACUGUGGGCUGUGUUGGAUGUUGCUGUUCAGUCUGUGUCCUGUGUCUGCUCUCCUCUCCUCUCUCCUCUUCUCUGCCUGUGUUUACUCAUUCUGCAGAACAACAGCUCCAACUGAGACUCAGGUUCCUCUGAACAGGACCACCACCAGGGGAAGUGACAGCGGAGAGCAGACUACUGUCAAAUACAUAAGCAUCUAUCAAUACCAGCAGAGUGUGAGACCUAUACCAUCCAUCAAUACCAGAAGAGUGUGAGACCUAUACCAUCCAUCAAUACCAG